AAACGGAUCUCCAUCCCUUUUCUCGUCGAAAUGUCACAAAGCACCGCACGGCCAUCCUCCUCUUUACGAAGGCCAGCAAUUCUUGAACGAAACCUCAGUAAAGGAAGAUCCAAUGAGGUCAGCGUGGCGGCCUAUGCCUUCCUCUUCGCCGAAAUGCUCAGCUACGCAACAAAAAAGAGUAGCGGCAUUCAGGACAUGGAGAAAAAACUGAGCGACUUUGGAUAUCGUGUUGGUAUUCGGUUUCUCGAAUUGAUCGUUUUCAGAGAGCGGCCCGGCCGUCGAGACACACGUCUUCUGAACGUCUUGUCCUUCAUACACUCGACCAUUUGGAAAACUCUUUUCGGCAAGGUGGCGGACGCGUUGGAGAAGGGCACGGAAAACGAGGAUGAGUAUAUGAUAUCUGACAAUGAGCCAAAUAUAACCAAAUUCAUUGCGGUACCGCGAGAAAUGUCACAACUCAGUUGUGGUGCUUUUAUUGGAGGUGUUGUGGAGGCGGUGCUGGAUGGAUGCGGAUUCCCGGCCAGAGUCAGCGCGCACUCAACGGCAACUGACCAGUUUCCACUUCGGACAACAAUUUUAAUGAAAUUUGACAAGACAGUUUUGCAGCGAGACAAAACCUUUGAAGCCCGAUAGAGAUAAUAUAGAUUAUGCUCAAUUGUACAUAAUGAAGUGAUUUGCUAUAUUGAGUUGCCUUGGAGAGGGCCUAGGAACAGGUCGCCAACUUCCUGCGCAACGCGCAUACCCGA